AUGUGGGAUGCGGGGAUGCUGGGAUGCGGGAUGCGGGGAUGCUGGGAUGCUGGGAUGCCGAAAGUGCUGCGCUGCGGAAAUGUGGGAUGCGGGAGAGGGGAAUACCUGGGUAAUGGGAUGCCAAAAGUGCUGCGCUGCGGAGAUGUGGGAUGCGGUAGGGGGGAAUACCUGGGUGAUGGGAUACCGAAAGUGCUGCGCUGCGGAGAUGUGGGAUGCGGUAGGGGGGAAUACCUGGGUGAUGGGAUGCUGAAAGUGCUGCGCUGCGGAGAUGUGGGAUGCGGUAGGGGGGAAUACCUGGGUGAUGGGAUACCGAAAGUGCUGCGCUGCGGAGAUGUGGGAUGCGGGAGAGGGGAAUACCUGGGUAAUGGGAUGCCAAAAGUGCUGCGCUGCGGAGAUGUGGGAUGCGGUAGGGGGGAAUACCUGGGUGAUGGGAUACAGAAAGUGCUGCGCUGCGGAGAUGUGGGAUGCGGGAGAGGGGAAUACCUGUGUGAUGGGAUGCUGAAAGUGCUGCGCUGCGGAGAUGUUGGAUGCGGGAGAGGGGAAUACCUGUGUGAUGGGAUGCUGAAAGUGCUGCGCUGCGGAGAUGUUGGAUGCGGGAGAGGGGAAUACCUGUGUGAUGGGAUGCUGAAAGUGUCGCGCUGCGGAGAUGUUGGAUGCGGGAGAGGGGAAUACUGGGAUGCUGGGAUGCCGAAAGUGUUGCGCUGCGGAGAUGUUUGA